AUGGCCCCUAGCACACUGGACCACCGGCCGAAUCGGACCGUUGCUGAGAUCCUGGCAGCGGAGGAUGGCAAAGGCUGGCAUAUGAAUCCCUCGCUCAUACGCCUGUACAGCAUCCUUGUCCCUGCCUGCUUGAUGAUAUGCGUCACAAACGGAUAUGACAGUUCCUUACUAAAUGGCUUGCAAUCCGUACCCAACUGGCAGGAAUACUUCGACCACCCAACGGGAGCUAUCCUGGGCUUUAUGUCGGCAUCGUACCCCCUCGGCGCCAUCUUGUCCACCCCGUUCUCGGCCAUCAUAUCCGACCGCUACGGCCGCCGAUGGUCCAUUUUCAUCGGCAGCAUCAUCAUGAUUGCUGGGGUGGCCAUCCAAACGGCCUCAAACAAUUUGGCCGCUUUCAUCACCUCUCGAAUCAUCGUCGGCUUUGGGAUCACCCUCGCUUUGACGGCAGGGCCUGUUCUGAUUUCCGAGCUGGUGCAUCCAAGCCAUCGAGUCUUUGUCACGGCGCUCUAUGCAACAACCUUUUACAUCGGCUCACUGAUAUGUGCUUGGGUGGUGUACGGUACAUUGGAGAUUCACAGUUCCUGGUCUUGGAGAACUCCUACGCUACUGCAGGGAAUGCCAGCGGUUUUCCAAGUAGCUUUUAUCUGGCUGCUCCCUGAGUCUCCUCGAUGGCUUAUCCACAAAGGGCGGGAAGAGGACGCCCUGCAGAUUCUCGUCCAGUAUCACGCCAAUGGAGAACAGAACGACGAGCUGGUGGUUGCCGAGUACUACGAGAUCCGAGAGAUACUCCGCGCAGAGCAAGAGGUUGAAACAAACAGCCUCAAGCUCUUCUUUGCCACGCCCGGGAACCGCAAGCGGCUGCUCAUCAUUAUCAUCCUCGCUGUGGCCGGACAGUGGUCGGGCAACGGACUGGUAUCAUACUAUCUGUCGAAGAUCCUGCAAACGAUCGGCAUCACAGAGCCAAGGGAGCAGCUCAAGAUCAACGGCGCCAUAACCUGCACAAAUUACGCCACGUCUGUCCUCGCCGCCAUCGCCGCAGCGCGAAUCGGCCGGCGCUGGCUUUUCGUCGGAGGCGGUCUUGGAAUGUGGCUGACAUUCAGCGCUCUCACCAUCGGCAUCGCGGUGUACAACGAGCUGGAACUGGACGGAGCCGGUAAAGCAGCUCUGGCAUUCAUCUUCAUCUACUACACCACCUUUAACCUGGCCCUCAACCCAACGCUCUACCUGUAUCCAUCAGAGAUCCUGCCUUUUAAUCUCCGGGCCACGGGGAUGAGUGUCCUGAUCUUCACGAACAAGGCGGCGCUGUUCUUCAACCAGUUUGUGAACCCGAUUGGCAUGGACGAUCUGGGCUGGAAGUACUACCUUGUUUACGUGGCUUGGCUGCUUGUUGAAGUUGUCCUGUUUUAUCUCUUCUUUCCGGAGACGUUUGGGAAGACGCUGGAGACUAUCGCCGAGGUUUUUGAUAGACCGACGGGGGAGGCGGAAAGUAACUCCGAUGAGAAGGAGAAAGAGCCCAAGAUGGGGGCUGUGCAUGUAGAUAGUGUUCCUGUGCAUAAGCAGAUGGUCUGA